AUGUCGAUCCUGCAAAAAAUAGCUGAUAUCGAGGCCGAAAUGGCCAAGACACAAAAGAAUAAAGCAACGAAUUACCAUCUUGGGUUGUUAAAAGCAAAAUUAUCAAAAUUAAAGGCUCAGCUAAUUGAAGGUGGAAGCAAAGGUGGUGGAGGAGAAGGAGAAGGGUUUGAUGUCUCAAAAACUGGAGAUGCAAGAAUAGGUCUUGUUGGUUUUCCAUCUGUAGGAAAAUCGACAUUAUUAAACAAAUUAACAGGAACAUUUUCAGAAGUAGCUUCAUACGAAUUUACAACUUUGACAUGUGUACCUGGAAUUUUUAAAUAUAAAGGAGCAAAAAUGCAAUUAUUAGAUUUACCUGGAAUUAUUGAAGGGGCAAAAGAUGGAAAAGGUAGAGGAAAACAAGUUAUUGCUGUAGCAAAAAGCUGUUCUUUAAUUUUAAUUGUCUUGGACGUAUUAAAACCAUUAACAUACAAAAAAAUUAUAGAAAAAGAAUUAGAAGGAUUUGGAAUUCGAUUAAAUAAAAAACCACCAAAUAUUAUUUUUCAAAAAAAAGAUAAAGGAGGAAUAAACAUAACUCACACAGUUCCACUGAAUAAUUUAGAUGAAGAUAUGAUAAAAUCCAUUUGUCAUGAAUAUAGAAUUAUGAGUGCAAACAUAUCCAUACGAUGUGAGGCAACUGUAGAUGAUAUUAUUGAUGUCAUAGAAGGAAAUAGAUUAUAUGUUCCAUGUAUAUAUGUUUUAAAUAAAGUCGAUCAAAUCACUUUGGAAGAGUUAAAUUUAGUUACACGCUUACCUCAUAAUGUUCCAAUUUCUGCACACUUAGAAUGGAACCUAGAUGGACUUUUAGAAGCCAUUUGGAAUUAUCUAGAUCUUGUUCGGAUAUAUACAAAACCAAAAGGUCAAAUACCAGAUUAUGAAUCACCAGUUAUUUUAAAAAAAGAAAGAUCAAAGGUUGAACACUUUUGUAAAAAAAUACAUAGAUCCUUAGUUAAUCAAUUGAAAUAUGCCUUAGUUUGGGGGAAAUCCGUAAAACAUAAUCCCCAGAGGGUUGGAAAAGAUCAUGACUUGAAUGAUGAAGAUGUUGUGCAAUUGGUGAAAAAAUGA